AUGGCAGGUUCACACUUGCGCAUUGUAUUGUUCGCCUCUCUAUACAUCUCCUUUCUGUUGUUGGGCUGGCUCGUGCCCAGCUUUUCCUUAUCGAUAGUGCAAUCCACCGUCGUCACUGGCAGGGCGAGCCCUGCCAAGCCCAAGAAUGACUUCUCCGUCCGCAAGCUUGAGAAGCUGCUGACGCCUGAGGGUCUCCCAGCUGUAGAACGCCUGUCCUCGGUUUCACUUCCUAGCGGGAAGGUGCUGCUGUUGUUGAAUAGCUGUAGCGCAGCAGAUGAGCAUGACUCGUCCAGCCCCCCGCUAGACGAGCAAGCAUUUUUCGGUUGUGACGUGAACUUGCAGCAAAUCGACCCAUCGAACAACUGGAAUAGAUAUGAAAUGCAACUGCUACGUUCAACCGACCUCCCAGAAGUACGUGCACAGGGCUUGUGGGCAGAGGAAACGAACGGUGAAGUCGAAAAAGUAGUGCUCCUCCUGUGGAGCGCCAGCUGCAGGACGCGCCAAGAAACUUGUAGAUGUAACAGAAACGAUGGAUGCAAGAUAUCCUUUAACGGUGGCAGCCAUGAUUCGUGCCUUUCCCCUAUUUAUGAAGGGAAAGUGGCGCCCCUGGGAGCUCGCCUAUGUCAGGGGACAAGCUCCACCGGACAGGGGGACAACGGCGAGUGUUACUACUAUAGCUUGGAAGCCACACACGGCUGGGGAUGUGGUUCUGCUUCUGAAGAACCUGUAGAAAAGGAUAAUAGCAAACAUUCUGCUUCAGGCGUAACUCCAAAGGAUGGCAUUAGCUGGCAGUCUACUAGAAAAGAGAUCUGGAGUCGUCAUGGGGUUCGUCUAGGAUCUGCUGUUGGGGUGCGCUAUGGCUCUCUUUUCUUGGCUGAGUUCAAUGGUUCAGGAGAGUUGAAGUGGCUAAAAAGUAUAGCGCACAACGCUCUGAUUCCAUAUGAGCAGGAGCAGCGCACAACCAUUGUCGGAGGUGACGUCAAAGGAACAGAUGGACAGGUGAAGAGGCAAUAUGCUGUUACUGUGGUCAGGGAAAUGUGGGGGCGAAAGAAGGAAAAAGUCAUUGUCUCUCCAAAAUGUGAAACGAUCCUUUUAAACAGCAGCGCUGAGCUGGCCGACGAACAGCUACCAGGAAGUGAAUGCGAAAGUUGCCUGCACACAUCCGCGUCCUUGCAUCCCGAAACUGGCCACUGGGCGUCAAUUUGCAUCAGCACGAAACUUCCUAAACUAGGGAUAUCCAUAAAUGGCUCACUAGUCGUAAACAGCGCUACCCGCUAUCAGGCAGAGACUCAGGAAAUACCCUCACUAGAAGAAUCAAUUUCGUACUACAAGGAUACUGGUGGCAGGCUCUUGCCCAUAGAGGGGGGGAGGUGGGUGUUGAUUUGGCGACAAACGUCCUGGAAGGCAUCAGAAAUAGAGGGAUUCAAUGCGACAACUGCAACGCUAAAGGCAGCUGUGUGGGAUGGGCUCGAUGGUAGCCUUAAAACAUCCGUUUCUCUUUUGGGUCCUGUACUAGAACACCGGCUUAUGAAACUAGACGCUGUUUCCCUCUCCCUGCAGAAUGCGGUGGUUACGGUAGCGGAUUACAUUCUUGAAGACGCAAAAGCCGCUCUUGUUGACUUAUCCAACCUCAACAUUCCCGGGCCUGCAUCUAUGGUGACAGUUGCUGGCGUGCAAGCUGGUGCUUUGUUUGGGCGGAUUUACGGACAUCCUCUACUAAGACUCUCGGACUCCACUGCUCUGUGGUUGGGAAUUGCCAAGGAAAAUGCCUCACCUUCUGUUGGUCCUUCGACGCUGCUACCGGACUGGAAGCCUUCCACCACCUCAAGGGCAGUUCUCAUAUCCAUGAAUCAGGAUGAAGAAAACUGCCAAGGACAGUGGAAGGCUACCACGUCAAAUUGCCCCUCCUCAUGCCUGCAGCAGCAUACCUUCUGGAGCAGAAGCGAUGGUGGUGACUGCCCUUGGGAUGCUCAUGCAUUCCGACUCAUUCACUGUGAGGGGGGAGAUUGCCCAGACUGGAGAAAGGAGGCAGUUAUUUUUGCAGGCAAUAAGGCAGCAGAGGCAAAUAAGCUUUUGGAUAGGAAUUUAUCAAGCGCGGUGACGAUGGGACCAGUCCCGAGCAGCAUUGAGCUCCGUCUAGCGAAGCCGGUGGACCUCGAGGCUGUGGAGGUCUUCGUCAAUCGUGCAGACGUAUCACUAGUUUUAAGUAUUCAAGAUGCCGAGGCAAAUUGGCUAUCUACUGUCUCGACUACCCUCAGCGCUCCUCCUCUUGAAAUGGCUGAUGUAGCCUAUCCGUGGGUCACUAGAUAUCUCUCUUUGAAAAGGGUCAGCACACUGCAAUUACGAGCUGCCCCUCUCACAUCUACGACUGAGGGAGCGUGGGCAGUAGAUAUUCUUGAGGUACGCCUACAGUCAACACCUUCAUUGCCCUGCACAGGAGGUGGUUUCUCGGACGGGGACAAAGGCUGCGAAACUGCGCCGGAAAAUCCUCCUUCUCUGGAGGCCCUGGAUUGUAAAGGUGACUGGGAAGACUGGUCUAUUUGCGACACCAGCUGCACUAGGAUGCGGCAGUUCAGUGUCGAGUCUCCUCCUAAGAAAGGAGGUAGACCCUGCCUUUCGCAUGAGGUAGAGCCAUGCACAGGUAAUGCAGCGUUAUCGGAUGUGGCGGACUAUGUUCCAUCUAUGCCCCGGAAAAUCAAAUACGGAGCAGUUUCCUGCCUGGACGGAAAGAUUCGCAAGACUUGUCUGCUACACGGAACGCGCAAAGAUCGAAGCCGGCAAGCAGCAGCGUAA